AGCUCCAUUGCUCCCUCGCCUCGCCUCCUUCGACUCCCAGCACGCUCCCCAUGCCCGCAACCCGGCCUCGCGAGCCCUCCGGGAGAGUGCGGCGCGGCGGGAGAAGCCCUAGCUCUCCCGGGGGAGGACGUGCGGUGCGCGCCCCGGCGAUGGCGGAGGAGGGGGAUGGGGGUGGCGGUGGCGGGCCCGGCGGUGCGGAGGACGGCGUCGGGGAGAGCUCGUCCCCGCCUCGCGCGCCCGCGCCCGCCGCCUCAGGCGCGAGCGGGGGUGGCUGCCGCGGGGGAGGAGGAGGAGGGGUGGGAGGCCGCGACGUCUGCCGCGAGGUGUUCGAGCGCCUCGUCGCCGACGGCCACGUGGAAGCGGCGGGGGCGUCCGGCCCGGAGCUCCGCGCCCAGCUCGAGGCCCACUUCGCCCGGCUCCCCACCAGCUAUCAGCUGGAUGUGAAUGUUGACAAAGCAGAGGACGUGUUAAUCCAUCAGAAGGUUUUGGCAGAAGCAAAGGAUCCUGAUAGGCGUCCAGCAUUCGCAGUCCGUUUCCUCAGGCUUGAAGAGGUAAAUGUGGCUGAGACAACUAACUCUGAUGCACAUGAAGAAGGGGCUGACACUGGUGAAGCUUUCUACCAGGUCAAAGGCAUUUACACACACAUUCAUGAGAUUCUAUUCUCCACUACGGACAAACCCAAGCUCCUGAGUCAGCUGUCUGCUUUGCUUUCUGACAUUGCACUGAACAUUAGGGAGGCACAUGUGUUCUCAACAACAGAUGGUUAUUCUCUUGAUGCUUUUGUUGUCGAUGGUUGGCCCAUUGAGGAUACUGAUGGUUUGCAUAAGGCACUAGAAGCAUCAAUUUUGAGAAAUGAGGGUUCAUGGUCUGGCUCUGAUUCAUCGACUUCAGGAAAGUCACUGCCAUUCGUAUCAGAAGAUUAUGAAUCAGAUAUUGACACAAAACUUCUGAAGAUUCUAAAGAAGUUUGCUUCUGGAUCUUGUGGGGAUAUGUUUCUUGGGACUUACGGUGGUGAGGAGGUUGCUGUUAAAGUCCUUAAUCCUGAGAAUUUUAACCAAAAUACAUGGAGUGAAUUUAAGCAAGAAAUCUACAUGUUAAGGGAAGUUGAUCAUCCCAAUAUUGUCUGAUUCAUUGGCUCAUGUACAAAGCCACCUCAUGAUGUGGCGUGGUGCUCUACGAGAGGAACGCAGAGGGGAGUGGAGGAAGAGAAUGCAUGUCUAGAGGAAGUCUGUUUGAUUUCUUGCACAACGAGCAUAAUGUCUUGGACCUCCCAACAAUUCUGAAGUUCGCAUUAGAUAUAUGCAGAGGGAUGUCCUACUUGCAUCAGAAGGGCAUCAUCCACAGAGAUUUAAAGUCUGCCAACCUUUUACUGGGCAAAGACCAUGUAUGUGCACAACUUCUAUCAAGUUUGUUGAGAGGAAUUAUAUGCAUCUUCCUGCUGGUGGAUGUAGUCAUGUGGAAGAUAUUUAAUGGCUCAGAUUGUAUUGUCUGUUUCGUAGCCCAUGUUAGAGCCAUGCUUAUGGAUUUAAAAGCACUGAAGAUGUCAAUUUAUAAGUCAUUAUAUUGCUCA